UAUAUUAUUUGUAACUUUUGUUUUAGAGACUCAACUGCAACUUGGCCGGCCGAUCAUCAUGACUUCGGAAGAAGUUCAACCAACCCAAAUAAACAAGACGGUUCCUGAGUCACCGUCGUCGUUUCCAUCGCUACCAGACGAAAUCAUAGAGAACAUUCUUGCCCGUGUCACGAGAUGGAAGUACCCAUCGCUCUCUCUCGUCUCAAAGGGAUUCCACUCUCUCUUAUCAUCUAGGGAGAUCUACAAGACUCGAUCUCAAAUAGGAGCCAAUGAAACAUGCGUCUAUGUCUGGUUAAAGUUGCCCGGUCACCCAUGUGCGAGCUGGUUUAGCCUUCGGACGAAACCUAAUAAUCAAAACCAAACCAAGCAUAAAAGGAAGAUGAGGUUUAAGCGCGACCCGAGUGGAUUUUCUGUUGUUCCUAUAGCUUCCUCUCCUACCGAUUCUUUUCCCGAACUAUAUUACACCAAAACGGUUGGUCCGGAAAUCUACAUAAUCGGUGGACCCUACGUUAACAAACCGUCUUCCUCAGUUCGGAUCUUCGACUGUCGGAGUCACACUUGGCGUGAUGGCCCUAAGAUGACCGUGGCUAGAAAGCAUGCGAAUACAGUUGUACUCGAUGAGAAAAUAUAUGUGAUGGGAGGUUGCGAUAUUGACGCCUACUAUGCCAACUGGAUUGAGGUAUUUGACGUAAAAACUCAGUCAUGGGCAGCCUUUCCUGGUCCUGGCGUUGAUGAGUUAUGCAACCACUUUCGCAAAAGACGUUGCUAUAAUGUUAAUGUGUUCGAAGGGAGAAUUUACUUACUGACAGGUGAUAAGGAAUACACUUACGAGCCGAAAGAUGGCACAUGGAAACUUGUCAAAGAGAUAUCGAGUUUCCUAUCCGAUGAUUCCGUGGAGGCUUGGUGUGAGAUUGGGAAGGUAAUAUGUUGUCGCACUCGCUCCGGUUAUUUAAUGUGGUCUGCCUCUGAGAAUGAGGGUAGAGUAUGGAGAGAGAUUAAGGGUUUGAAAAAAUUGCGUAGGCACCCUACAAGAGGUUUAAAAAUUGGGUAUGUGUUUGCACUGUUGGACUGUGGUGGCAAACUUUUAGUUAUGUGGGAUCCGUAUUGCAUUUCUGGUAUCAGAAGCAAGAAAAUUUGGUAUGCCAAGAUUUCUUUAGAAUCAAGAUGCAAUGGACGCGAGGUGUGGGGAAAAGUUGACUGUGUCGAUGUGCUUACUUUUCCUGUCGAAUCAUAUGAAGGGUUGGAUUGUUUAACUGCUUCUGUUUGA